CCGGACCCUCGCCGUGUACGCAAGUGAGGCUCGCGCUUUCCCGGCUGCGUCAUCAACGGCCGAGCGACCAGCUCGAGCCCGGACCGUUUAACGGCUCCGAGAUUUGAAAGCGACAGACAGAGGGCGAGGGAGAGACUGGAGGAGGGAGAGACUUUUGAAGUGAUAUAAAGAUUCAAUUCAUCAUGACAUCUGAAUCAGAGACAGAGGCUUUUGAGGGAGAUGUGAAUUCAUGCACUAAAAAAAUGAAACAUGAUGAAAUGAGCGAGUUAAAAUCAAGAGAUGAAAACAAACAGCAAAAGGAUAAUGGUUGGACUUUAGGAGAAAAUGAGAAUAUAUCGAAAAGGCAGAGGAAGCGAUUAAUGAGAGAGAAACUGUGGCAGGAACAAAAAGAAUUACGGAAGCAAAAGCGUAAAGAGAAGAAGCUUAAACGAAAACUAGAACGUCAGUCUCAGAAUGAGGAAGAUAAUAAAGAUUCUGCCAGAAAACACUUCAAGAAAGACAUCAUCCCAAGCAGUGUUCGCGUUGUGCUAGAUUGCAGCUUUGAUAGUUUAAUGGUGUUAAAGGAUAUCAAAAAAUUGCAUAAGCAAGUUCAUAGGUGCUAUGCAGAGAAUCGUAAAGCAGCACAUCCUGUAAAGCUGAUUUUGACCAGCCAUAAUGGGCAACUGAAGAAGAAUAUGGAUGAGAAUGAAAAAGGAUGGGUCAACUGGAAGGGAAUCGUUGUUACCUCAGAGCACUUCAGUGAAGCAAUACAGAAAGAAGAUCUGGUUUAUCUCACCUCUGAUUCUCCUAAUAUGCUGAAUGAGUUGGAUGAGACCAAGGCUUACAUCAUUGGUGGCUUGGUGGAUCACAAUCACCACAAGGGUAUAACCUACAAAAAAGCAUUGGAGUUGGAAAUUGAACAUGCCCAGCUUCCUCUUGGAAACUAUGUGAAAAUGGAAAGUCGCAAAGUAUUGACUGUAAAUCAUGUAUUUGAGAUAAUCCUGACAUAUUUAGAAAAGGGGAACUGGCAGGAAGCCUUCUUUACUAUCCUGCCCCAGAGGAAAGGAGCUGUCCCUGCAGACCAGACCAGCAGUUGUGGGCCUGCAUCGAGAAGUGAAGAGCAAAAAGAGCCCGAAGCUAACUCGGGCUUUGCUGACUCCACAGAGGAUGGAACACAAGUGUCAGGAGCUUUGAAACAGGAAGACACACAGCCUGCUGAACUAGACUGUGAAGAGACCAGUAUUAAAAGUAGUGAAGGAAGAGACUGUGAAACGUAGCAUGUUUUAAUAAAUAAUAGUUAUUUUGAA